AUGGAUAUUGUUGGAAGGAAGAAAGGGUUUCAAGCUCUACUUCUUCAUCUUCUUCUGCCGUUUCUCGUUGUCGUUUUCUCCGAAAGAACUUUGGCCGUUUCGAGUUUAAACUAUACAAAGUACAGACAAGUGGGGAGCUUGAGACUUGCUAGGAUACAGAAGCAUUUGGAUCAGAUUAACAAGCCUGCUGUCCUUACUAUAGAGAGCUCAGAUGGAGAUAUCAUAGAUUGUGUUCAUAAAAGAAAACAACCUGCUUUAGAUCAUCCUCUUCUAAAGAAACACAAAAUCCAGAGAGUUCCACCAGAAAGGCCCAAGAUGAAAAUCAUGAAAACAGAUGAGGUGAGAGAAACAAAUAGGAGCAGUCUUAGAGGUGCAGCAUGGCAAACAUGGCAUGAGAAUGGGCAACGGUGUCCCAAAGGAACUGUUCCUAUUCGGAGGAGCAGUGUGCAUGAUGUUCUUCGAGCCAAGUCUCUUUAUGAUUUUGGGAAGAAACAUCGUCCAAUACAACUUGCUAGGCGCACAGAUGCACCAGACGUAGUGAGCGGCAAUGGCCAUGAGGUAAUUGUCAACCACUUAACUCCAUUGAAGUGA